GAGAAAGUGUCCUUUGCCAGCGGGCAUUGGGAGGAGCUAUCCCUUGUCAGUCGACAUAUGCAAAAGCUGGCUCUUACCAGUUGGCAGUAGCUCAGUUGACCACUGCCAAUCAACAAGUGGCCUGGCCCCUACCAACUGGCAGGUGGCUUGGAAAGGUCCUCGCUUGUUCGUGCUUGGCACACAAGCAUAAAGUGCCAGUCGGCAUAGUGGAGAUAGUGGCUUUUGCCACUUGGCAUGAGGAGAAAGUGUCCCUCGCCAAUCGGCAUGUGGAGGAUUUGUCCCUUGACAGUCAGCAUGCACAGAAGCUGGCCGUUGCUAAUUGGCAAAUGGUUCAGUUGGCCACUACUAGUCAGCAAGUGGCCUAG